UUAUUAUGAAUAUAUGUAAACUGACAAUCUCAUACAGCAAAUGUUACAGAUUGACUCGUGUUGCCACCGCGAGACGUGCAGCAAACGUGGCAUUCCCUGAGCUCUAACGCCGUCCCGUGCUUCCAACUAAGCUCGCAGGUGUCCCCAUCCACACCGCCUCCGCAAUCUAUUUACCCCAAUCUCCUUCUCCUCCUCUGCUCCCAUCAAGGUGCGAUUGAGGCUUGCAAGACUGAAAAUUUCAUCCAUCAGCAGUCAGCGAUCGAGAGUAGAAGCGACCCGCACAAUGUCGACGGAGCAGGAGCGGCGUGAGCUGGACGAGCUGGCGAGGCGGGGCGAGACUGUUGUUCCCGGCGGCACCGGCGGAAAGAGCCUCGAGGCCCAGGAGCACCUCGCCGAAGGACGGAGCCGUGGAGGGCAGGUAAGGAAGGAGCAGCUGGGAACGGAGGGGUACCAGGAGCUGGGCCACAAGGGAGGGGAGACGAGGAGGGAGCAGAUGGGGCACGAAGGCUACCAGGAGAUGGGCCGUAAAGGUGGCCUAUCCACCAAGGAGGAGUUUGGAGGCGAGCGGGCCGCCAAGGAAGGCAUCCCCAUCGACGAGUCCAAGUACAAAACUACGCAGUAGAUGUAUAGUCGAUAGCAAGUAGUCUUAGACUCGCUACUUCCCGUUGUGUUUAGGUUCUGCAGCAUGUAGCUAGCUAGUCAUGUAAUGCUUAAGCUUCGUGGUCUUUUGUGCUUAGAGUUUGAUGAAGUUAUUACUAAGUUAUGGUCCCUGUUGCUGUUGAUACUGA